AUGAAAUUUAAGGCUCGCUCCAGAUCGUUGUUAGUGUUCGUCAUCUUCCUUGGUACCUUCUUCAGCAAUGUUCUCUCUGAACCUAUAUCUAAUUUCACUAAACCAACUACACUCCCUAAAUAUUUUGCCAUUGAUGUUGAUGGCACAUUCUUUAUAAAGGAUGAAACAAAAUUUAAAAGAAAUAUCGCAGCACUAAAGCUUUUAAAAGAAAAGAAUGUUAUCGCCUUUUUUUGUACAGUUCAAAUGUAUUUACUAAAUAAUCAUUUUACAUUCUGUUCAUCUAUCUUUUCAGGGACGAGCUUCAAUGCCAUCAAAAAUAAGUUUGGUGCAGAUUUUCAAAGGGAAGCCGCUUACAAUUUACUCCCAGGCAUAUAUUCCAAUGGGUCCAUAAUUUACGACAAUUAUGGAAUUUUAAUACAUAAAUCGGUCUUCAAAAGCGAUUUCAUAGAAAAAUUCAUAAAGUUCGUAAAUGACAAAAACUACAGAAGUCAUGUGGUGUUUUUUGGUGUUGUGGAUAUAUAUUCUCUUGAAGCUUCAUUGGAACCUAAAGAUGAAUUAACACUAAAUCUAACACCAAUUGUUAAAUCCGAUUCAGAAUUAAAAAAUUUGGAUAUAACUGGUAUUAGAAUUAAAAAAAUCAAUAUAGAAGUUGAAGGGUUAACUGAGGGUACAGAUUUUGUAAAAUUUGAUGAGGCGAAAGUUAACGUUAUAUUCCCUGAACUAUCGUUGAAAGAUUUGUCCCUUAAAAAAUUAAUUGAACGCUGGGAUGGUAAAAUAAGUGAAUGUGCAUACAUCGGUAACGACAUGAAUGAUUUAUCAGUCAUGUCCUUGCCCGAUAUAAUGUCGUUUGCUGUUGCCGAUGCCAAAGAUGAGAUUAAGAAUAAUGCCAAGUGGGUGUUGGAUCUAAAACAUGACGAGUGUGCCUUUGAAAAGGUAGUAAAUCUCCUGUACGGUGACCAAAAUUAA